AUGAGUGUGGGCGAAUUAGAUGGAGAAGCUGUGGAUAUCUGUGAUUCGUCUCCAAGUGACUCAUUUACAUACGUCCAAUUCCUUUUUCGGGCAUACUUAAUGCCUUUCACGUAUUUGUUUGGAAUUAUCGCAAAUGCUCUCAAUGUUAUUGUUUUUUCUCAGAAGACAAUGAGGAAACAGCCUGUUAAUUGGUUCUUCUUAGUUCUCAGUUUAAGUGAUCUGACUGUUUUAAUCGCUUCCUUUUUUGUUUUUUCUGUUCCCGUUUAUGCAGAAAUUGCAGAUGACAUAGAUUUCAUAAGAUCGUCGUCCUACUUAAUCAUUUGGUUCUAUCCAUUGGCUCAGACUGGACUCACCAUGUCAGUGUAUCUCACUGUUCUAGUGUCUGUUCAUCGCUAUCUCGGCGUUUGUCAUCCAUUUUUGAUUCGGAGAAUCAGUAACUCCACAGGAGUUAAGCUAGUUAUAGCUUCAGCUGUUCUUUUCGCAUUUCUUUUUAACACAAGCAGGUGGUUUGAGCUUACAACUAUGCCAUGUCUGAGUAACAUCCAUAGAAGAGAGUCACUUGUUGUCAUUCCAACGGAACUAAUGGUUGAUGGCUUCUACACUGUCGUCUAUCGAAACGGGGCUUAUACUCUCGUCAUGUUUUUUUUUCCAUUUGCUAUAUUGACAUUCGUCAAUUUGAGAAUUAUUGGAACAUUACGUAACUCAUACAAAAUGAGACGUCAGAUGACGAUGCAUCCACGAAAGAAGAAAGACGUUGUACCUUCAACAGCUGAGACCAUCUCUUCCAUAAAUGGCAAUAAUUCAUCUUCGGUCACUACCAACGUUCUCAUCCAACAAAAUGGAACAGCUCAUCAUAGCGGAUCAUCACAAGCUAAUGAUCGAAAAGAGAAUGGCGUAACAGUCAUGUUAGUUGCCAUCACAACAGAAUUCCUAGCCUUUAAUCUAUUGGCGUUUGCUAAUAAUAUCCUAGAGCUAACUGGAGCAUUUGGUCAAUCAGCUCUGGAAACGCUGUUAGUGGAGGUGUCUGCCUUGUUAGUGAACAUCAAUGGAGCUAGCACCAUUAUCAUUUACAUGAUUUUCAGUAGCAAGUACCGCAAUGUCUUCCUCAGGAUUGUCGCUAGAAUUGGUACCAUUUUCUGUGGUGAACGUAAGCUCUCCUUCUUAAGUGGUAUCCAGCAAUUCGAAACGACGCAACUCAUUGACUCCAAGUUGGAUCAGAACGACACAAAAAACUGGAAAAGUUCAAGAAGAUCAAAUGGCGAUUCUGUGUAUAAGCAAAGGGCAAGUCAAGCUUAG